CUGCACAUCAACGAUCCAAAUGUUGUUAUCCAAAGAAGACAAGAAGAAAGCAGUAGAGGUCAGUAUGAAAGGAGCUGGGUUAGAAGAGAUAUUGGAGAGUUUGAAAGGAAGCGAUACCCUAGAGUUUAAAGAUGGAUAUUUAUAUGAUCCUUUUAAUGAUAGUGUUGCUCCUAUGAAAUUACAAAUCGAGGGAAGUUCAUCUGUUCCCCUUGACAUUAUUAAGAACAAGAAAACAAUAGCACAAAACAUGAAAAUGUCCGCGAAGAUGAAACGGAAAGCAUUUUCAGGUCCAGGUGGUCUAAGAAAAUCUCUAGACGGCGAGGCUUUAGAUAACAGAUCACUUUCACUAGAAAGAAAAGAUUUUAAUUCUCUCAAUUUAAGAGAACUAGAUUUAGUCUUUGCCUUUGCAAGUCCUCUAAUUUUCAGAGACCCAAUAACUCUAAAAGAAGAGCAGCUUCAAGUAUUAAAUUAUCGAGAAGAAUUCAGAAGAAUUGAUAAUAUCUUCACUGUAAGUACAAAGAGAAACAUCAGUCAGCAAAAAAUAGCUGAGUUGUAG